CAUCGCCGGUAAAGUGCAUUUAUUUAGUUAAUUGCAACGGAUUUUUUUCUUUCGAGUUGACAGUGUACAUUUAUUUUUCUUUAACUUAAUUAACCAUGUCUUCAAAUCAAUGGGAAGUUGUUACAAAAUCAAAAAAAGCUAGAAAUCUUGACAGAAAAGUAGAGGCCCAUACGGAAAAAAAACGUAUAGCUGCUUUAGGCCCAAAACUAGAAGAGAUUUUGCCGUCGCAUGAGUACCGAACUUUGGUUUCUGGCAAAAGGGGUAAAGAGAAUUUGUCACCAGCAAAAUCUGUCAGUUCCUCAACUAAGUCGAAAUCAUCUCCGAAUAAAAAAAAUGCCAACAAUUCAAAAGAUAAAUCUACGAAAAAAGAACAAUCAUCGCAGCAACAGGCAAAAUCGAAACCGGCCGCGUCGAAACCAAAAAGCUUAGAAGCUGUGCUACGAAAUGUCACAGUAAAUGACUUCGCAACCCAAUUGGAACAAUUGAGAAUUGUUUAUCCGGGGUCCGAGCUUCUUUGGCUUAAAGGAGUUGCAAGCUAUUUUAAUGAGCAACUACCAUUUGACUGCGAUCCCACAUUCUCAGGAAAAUCGAUACAUUAUCCAAGCAAUUUAGCAAGUGCUGCACUAAAUACUAUUGUUGUUGAGUUUUUGGAAUCCGUUGGUGAAGAGAAUUUGUCAUAUUUUUAUCAUACUCUCCUAAUAAGUAUGACCGGGGAGCUUUCAAAAAAUUUACCAAUCGUCGGUUAUAAGUAUAUAUUGCAGUUAAUUGGUCAAAAUUGGCCGCAUAUUGCUUCCAAUAAUAUGGCCAAGAUUGCAAUGUUGCGAAAUUCCUUUCAAAAUAGGAGCAACAUUUGCUUGAAUAUAUUAUGGGCGAUUGGUCAAGGGGGUUUUAAGCAAUUGACGGAGGGUAUUAAAGUGUGGCAAAAUUUAAUGUUACCUAAUUUGGAAUUAAAAAGCUAUACAAAAUUUGUAACCGAGUAUUUAGAGAGAGCUUUGUCUGCUGCCGGUGAAGAGUGUUCAAUCACUUUGAACCAAAACGAAUUUUUUUCGUUCUAUAAUGCAUUGAAAUCUAACUAUUCCAUUCCAAAAGAGAAUCAAGAGACUUUAGCAAAAUGUGCACAUGGUUUUUUGAUGAAGUAUAUUCUAUCAAUUACUAAGCAUGCAAACAUUUUUGUUACACUUUUCCGUUGUAUUGAAGAUGGAAAGAAAAACCGUAGUGAGUUGUUGGCUUGUGUUUCUUGCCUUGUUAAUGGGGAUGAUAGCUUUAAAGUAUGGAAAAUGAAUUAUAAAAAGCAACUGUUACCGUCUGUACUGCUGUUCAAAGAAAUUGAAAAACAACUCGAUGAGAGCGAUAAAGAUAUUUUAAAACUAGCAUGUUCUAAAGCAUUCCAUAUAUUCCUGGAGGAAGCUCAAAAACUGAAUGAAGAGUUGGAUGCUGCCAAAAGGAAAGACCCAAAUUUGGAGGAUUUGAUUGCGGUUUUAAGGAAUGUUCAAGAGAAAACAACACAGCAGAAGAAGAAACAAAUAGCAAGCGAACAAAAGAAAUGCGGUUCCUGCUGCAAGUGGAUUUUCGGUAGUUUUGUAUUACUCGUAUUGAUUGCCGGCGUUUUGAUCUACGAUACAAAUGUAAAUGGCAAAGGUGUUUUUGAACGGUCAACUGUUGGUAAAGCAUUGAAAAAUGCCGGCGUAUUGCCGCAUGUAGAGAAAGUUUGGUUCACAACGAUGGGCGCAGCGGCACGUGGCUAUAAAUGGGUCGAACAUCAUGUACCGCCUUACGCGAAGCCUGCAGGUCAGCUGGCGUGUGAUCUUUUCAAAUUGGCGCGUAAUACUGCAUGUAAUGUAUACACCGUGGUGUCGGAGUUUGUUGCAGGAAAGCUGCCAGCUGUUGCUAGUUUUUUGGAGCAAUAUAUUCCCGGUCUACCCAAAAAGAUUGAAAACACAUCUUUGGCGGUUAAGAAUGUAUGUGUAGAAGCUUUCGGCCGAGCGGUUGGUUUCUUCAGGACACAAGUUUUUAUUGGAAAUCUCUCACCUGAAAACAUAAACAAAGCUCUGAAUCAAACUCAGAAUGUUGUUAUCGAUUACUAUAAUCAAUUCCAUAAAAAAGUUGAUACUUAUUCCAAGCUGAAAUGAUUUUAAGAAUUAUAAAAAAUCACAACAUACAUACAUGAUGGCGAUCAUCUCCACCAAUUUAAAAUUCAACUCAAGAACUCACUGUACAACAACAACACCACCACAACAUCAAUGCCAAUCACCCGACAGUAAAAUGGAUUGCCCCACAAAUUAUGAUAUCGCCAUGUUAGUCCAAAAAGUUGGUCUAACUUUUCGAUGAGUGCUGUCCAAUAAGGUUCAAACUAUUUUUUUUUUUGCUCCCUACCGCUGCAAAAAUUUAUUUAUAAAGAAACGUAUGUAAACGGUGUAAAUUACUAGAAAAUUAUUGUACUGAACCUCUUUAUUUAAGAACAAAUUUUGAAAUUUAAUUGUAGUAAAAAAGCAAAACGAAUUAGUAUUGCUUACCGAUUUAAAUUGUAGUAGUAAAUUUUGAGAAAAAAAUUAAAACUACUGAGAAUUUUAUUGUGAAAUUUUUACAAGAACUUUAUUUUGAUUAACUCUCUAAUAGGUUUCAAGUACCAAAACACUAUUGUUUUUUUUUUUUUU